AGGAUGUGUUCAUUGAAGAUGGUGGCGGUGUGUCAGACUCACUGUCCUGCACAUUUGUAAGAAUCUCUUUAAAUCUUUACACAUUACCGACGUCGGCUUUGCCUGACUUUAUAUCUUCAGUGACAUCCACUAGAGUGACCCGGUCCUCGGACCUGUUUGCUCUGCAGCAAUGCAGUCCCCUCCUCGGACUGGUCCUUCAGGAGCCUCCGGCCCUCCUCCUCCUCCUCAGUCAGGGCCCAAUAUGUUCCGCAGGACCAGGCCUCACAAGCAUACGGCAGCAGCAGCAGCAGCAGCAGCUACGUCCACGAUGCCACCUACAUCUCAACCCAUGACAGACCCUUUUGCUUUUGCAAGAGGUCCUCCUCCGAUGGCUGCAGGUGGUCUACCGACAAUACCCAACAGCAACCCUCCACCAAUGCAAGCCCCACCUAACACCAUGUACUCUCAACCUGGCUCAGGGCUGCCUCCACAACCACAGACACUGGAGGCGGUCCCUGCUGCUCCCUCGGGUCCCGCGCCAUCCGCUUUGCCAGUGGUGACCCUGUUCAACCCUCACAGCUCAGCAUCCCCUGGUGUUUUCACAGCGCCCAGUCCUGCGGGAUUUGCACCCUCACAGAGUGAACAGGGAUAUUUUAAUUCAAGAGAACAGACACCGUCUAUGGGCACAGAGUUUCAACAUGGGGCCUCAGCCCCGGCACCGCAUCAGACACCUUUUAACAUGGAAUUUCAAGGACACCCUCCUCAGCCUUUCCCCUUCCAGCCAGUGCCUCCUACCACCUCUUCCUCUCAGUGGGCCCCUGAUCAUGGAAGUCGCCCUCCAUCAGUUCAGAACUAUUUCCAGCCCACUAGUGACCCUCCACAACAACCUUUUAAUUUACCUCCACAGCCCCAGAUGUACCCUUCCCAUGCCCCAUCACCUCAUCAAAAUCCCCCCCCUCCUUCAACACAACCUGGGCAUCCCCAAACCCAGGCUCCACACCCUCCACAGAAUCCUGUCAUGGGCCAGAGUCCACAGUGGCCUGAUCCAAAUGCACCUCAGCAUCAUAAUUCACACUUCCAGACUCAGAGCUACUUCAGCCAAAGCUCUGCCCCCCAGGACUCAUGGUUCAACCAACCACCACAGGACCCAGGCUACCACCAAAUGGGCACCAGCCUGGGCCCUCCGCAGCCCCGACCUGAAUCUGCCGGAUCUCAUCAUGCAUCCAAUGCAGGGCCUGGGCCGAGCUCUACCCCAGCCCCACUCCCUUACCCUCAAGAUUCUGGGACACUCUCAAUGUUCUUCAAAGACAAUGAUGUGGAAAAUGAAGAGACUCUGGCUGGAGAGAGAAACAAGGCAAUUAAUGGUGUUCCUGGAUCCUAUCAGCAUCACAGCAACCCGCCAGCCCAAAGUGUUCACCCAGAUGCUCCUUUGGAUUACCAAGGACCACCUGUGCAAGAUCAGUCACACUUACCAUACAUGAAUGAUGGACAUCCUGCAACCCAGAGGCCCCCUGAGUCCCACUAUGACCAUGUUGAGAAUUUUGAGUGUGUCCCAAACUUGGAAGUAUUGCCCAGUGAAACCCCGACUACCCCAGCUGCAACUGCAGUUCAUGGAGUAGACCAGUUUGAAACUGGCCCUAACCUGGAGACUCCAGAUUCCAUUCCAAGACCAAUGCGAUCUGCCAGUGUAUCGUCCAACUACAGCAACAUGAGCCAUGGAAGUGGAACCAGCGGUCGGAGGCAUCAGGGAGUAGUAGGAACCUUUAUUCAGCAGGAAAGCCCACGACUCACUGAUGAAGCUAGCCUGGCUGCUGCAGCUGGAGGCUACUUCGAGCAGAUCGACUCUUCUCCAGCUGUAGAUAUGAACGCCCGACAGAGCUCCCUGGAGCAGAUGUGGCUUCCCACACCGAGCCCUCCCAAGCCCACUGGCAUCUUUCAGGCCAGUGCAAACAGCUCUUUUGAACCUGUGCGCUCACAUGGGGUUGGGGUGCGUCCUCCUGAGGUUGACAAGGCUAAAAUGGUAGCAGAGGGGGGUGCAGAUUCUACACCUGGGAAUCUGGAGCAGCCACCAGAUAACAUGGAAAAUAUUUAUGGUCCUGGACACCCUUUGCCUGCUGGAGCUCUAGGUGGUGUACCUCAUCUGACACAACCGGUGUUACCUAUCUCCCGACCGUCAUCCCGUGCUUUUGGGAUGAAUCGGCCCUGUGAAAGCCCCGCCACUACUCUGUGGGCUCAGAAUGACCCUGCUAGCUUUGGCGCUAAUAUCCUCUUAGCUCCCGCUGCCCCCACAGUCCUUGCCCCUUUACGAGAGCCAAGUUCUGAGGUCAUCCAGCCUCCAGAGGAUGGCCCUCUGGACCUGCAGCCCCCACAGAGAGUCCAGCCAACACCACAGCAACACUCUGAGAACCUAGAGAACCCACCAAAGGUGAGUGAGGCCGAGCCGACCGACUCUCAAGGCAACCUCGGCUAUGCGUCGCUCCUUGUGUCUGACUCGCUCCGCCAGCCUGUUUUGAUUGCCCCGCCUGUGUCCAAUUACAGCGUGAUUCCCCUCAGUACCCCUGCUCAGGCAGCCAGUCAAAGUAGCCUUAGAGAAACCACUCCACCUGUGAGAGCACAGGGACACGGUGCCAGUACGUCCCAACCGCCUUCAUUAACCUCUAAUCAGAAUCCACUUUUUGCCCCUGGACCAAUAAACUUAAGUGCUUUAGCUUCUAACUCGGGCCCGCUCAACCUGGCCCGAGACACCACAGAAGCAGCACCAUCAGAAACCGCAGCUCCACCGCCGUCUCAGCCAGUCCGCCCUCCUCUUUCCAGGGGCCAAUCAGUGGGUGGGGACAGCCACGCUGCUGUCCAAGUUAAUCCUGCAGCUUCUCUUGCGACUGCUACUGUCUCUAAUCAUAAUCAGCCAUCAAAUUAUGAACUGCUUGAUUUUUCUAUGCACCAAUCACAAGCCCAAAACCAAGCACCUGGUCCUCCUUCCUCUCUACAUGAGUCCCCACAAUCUAGUAAUGGAUUUUACCUACAGGUCACCAAAGAUGCUCAGCAUGGGGUAAGAGUGAAGGGCUCUGCCCCUGUCCCGAUUCCCACCACUUCAUCUAACCCACAUGUACCAUCAGCAGCCCCCCAAGCAGCUGAAAGCACCCAGUCACCAGCAGAGCCUCCUAAGAGAUCAGAUUCUCAGGCUGCUCUGCAGGUACAAAAUGAUGCACCUGCUGUUCCAGUGAGUGGAGUACCUCCUCCCCAUGGCCAGUAUCCCCCUACAGGGUACGGGCCUGCUGCUGGGGGUGCUCCCCCUCCAGGGAUUGCUCCCCCUCCAGGGAGUGCUCCUCCUCCAGGGGGUGCUCCUCCUCCAGGUAGUGCUCCUCCUCCAGGGAGUGCUCCUCCUCCCACUGCUGCAAACCCUCAGGGGCCUCGAGGACCAGUACCUCCAGGAGCUCCUAUGCCAGGUCCUGCAGAGCCUCCUCGACCGCCCUCUGCUGCAGGCAGCCAGCAAGGCUAUGGACCUCCUCCUCCAGGGCAAGGACCACCGCCAGGGCAAGGGCAGAUGUAUGGUGGCUACUAUGGUAAUUAUGGAGAAUACCCGGACAGCAGGGCACCAUAUCCUCCUGGCCAGUACCCACCUCCACCAGGGGAUCCCAGAGCACAGCAGUAUUAUCAAGAUGGUCAAUACAGGAACAGAGCAGAUUCUUGGUAUGGCAGAUAUGAGGGGCAGACUCAAGCUUACCGUGAUCCUAACUAUCAGUACAGAGAGCCACAGCCAGACCGACCCAGCUCCAGAACCAGUCAGUACUCUGACAGGCCCUCGUCCAGGCAAGGUUAUACUGAAGAGUACCAGAGAGCAAACCGGAGUGCCUACAAUGAAUAUUAUGCAGAUUAUGCCAAGCACUAUGAUUAUGCGGGAUACAACUAUGGACAGUACGACCCGGCAUACAGAGGAUAUUAUGAUCAGUCAUACUGGGCCAACUAUGAUCAGAACUACAGAGGCAGAGACUACUAUAAUCAACAGGCUUAUCCUCCUCCUCCUCCUCCUCCCAGGAAAGAAGGCUACGAUGACCAGUGGAGGUACUAUCCUGGUUACGAUGCCAGUUUUGACGACGAUUACCGCCGCCGUGGAGAGAUGUAUGGCGAUGACUUUGACAGACGCAGCGUCCACAGCGAGCAGUCGGCACACAGUGUGCACAGCUCCCACAGCCACCACAGCAGACGGAGCAGCUUCAGCUCACGCUCGCAACAGAGCCAGGCGUACAGAAGCCAGCCUGACUUAGUGUCUGCAGUCUAUGACACCACAGCGUCUACCCUGGCUGUUGACUACUCCUAUGGACAGUACCCGAACCAGACUGAUGCAACCCAGAACUACAGCCAGUACCUCUAUCCCUCUGAGUACCCCACAGAAAGCACUUGGAUCGCGCCUGAACAACCUCCUCCUCGCCCUGCAACCCCGGAGAAGUUCACCAUCCCCCAUCGAUGUGCUCGCUUUGGACCUGGUGGUCACCUGGUGCAAGUCCUGCCUAAUCUCCCCUCUGCUGGGCAGCCUGCGCUCGUAGACAUCUACAACAUGGAGACUAUGCUGCAAGAUACCCAAGAUCAGGUGGAGCUGCGAUCCUUCCCCGGACCUCUUGUAAAAGAGGAGACCCACAAGGUGGACGUGAUAAAGUUCUCCCAGAACAAAGCCCUGGAGUGUUCUCGUGACAACGACUUGUUAGACAGAGACUCUGCCCGUCUGCUCUGGGACUUCAUCAUGCUGCUCUGCAGACAGAACGGGACUGUGGUGGGCACAGACAUCGCUGAUCUCCUGAUGAAGGAGCACCGCUCUGUCUGGCUGCCGGGUAAAAGUCCCAACGAAGCCAACUUGAUUGAUUUCAACAACGAGCCUCUGGAGCGAGCUGAGGAAGAGCCGGGGGCCGGACCGCUGUCCCUGCUGUCUGAUACCUUCAUGACCGUUCCUGAGAAUGUUGGCAAGGAAACAGAGCGCUUCAGGGAGCUGCUACUGUUCGGCCGCAAGAAGGAUGCACUAGAAGCUGCUAUGAAGGUCGGUCUGUGGGGCCAUGCACUGCUGUUAGCCAGUAAAAUGGACAACAGGACGCAUGCUCGUGUCAUGACCAGGUUUGCAAACAGUUUGCCCAUCAAUGACCCUCUUCAGACGGUGUACCAGCUGAUGUCAGGGAGGAUGCCGGCUUCAGCCACUUGCUGCGGGGAGGAGAAGUGGGGUGACUGGCGCCCUCACCUGGCCAUGGUGCUGUCUAACCUCACGCACACCCUGGACCUGGACACUCGCACAAUCACCACCAUGGGCGACACUCUGGCUUCCAAGGGGCUGAUUGAUGCCGCUCACUUCUGCUAUUUGAUGGCUCAAGUGGGUCUGGGAGUUUUCACAAAGAAAAGCACCAAGAUGGUUCUGAUUGGCUCUAACCACAGUUUACCUUUUAACCAAUUUGCAACCAAUGAAGCGAUCCAGAGGACUGAAGCCUACGAGUACGCUCAGUCUCUUGGCUCCUUGCCGUGUUCACUGCCUAACUUCCAGGUGUUCAAGUUGAUCUAUGCAUGCCGUUUGGCUGAAGCCGGCCUGAGUGCUCAGGCCUUCCAUUACUGUGAAGUCAUCUCUAAGGCCGUUCUCAUGCAGCCUUCAUAUUACUCUCCUGUUUUCAUAAGCCAAAUCAUACAGAUGUCUGAAAAGCUGCGAUUCUUUGAUCCACAACUGAAAGAGAAGCCGGAGCAGGAGCUGUUCAAUGAGCCUGGUUGGCUUAUUCACCUGAGAAAGCUUGAUGGACAGAUCAAGACCGGGGCGAUCAUGUACAGUCAAGACAGAACCACGCCCACACAGUUUGAGUGCAGCAGCCCCAGCUCUGACAUGGACCAGCCAAGUCCAACCGAGCCAUACAACAUGCCUACAGAGUUUGAUGGCCACACCCCAGACAACCCACUGAUGAGCUCAUUACUGCCUGGAACUUCUCCACCCGGAGUUCAGCUGAUGCCUCCAGCCCCUACCUCCAUCCUUCAAGACGGGAUGGCCCCUCCUCAACCUCCAAAUGAAGUUCCCCAGUUUUACCCAGUACCCCCCGCUGGACCACAAGGCCACAUGCCGGUUCCAGGCUACCCUCCACAGGACCCUGGUUUUGCCCCUCCUCCCUUCCAACCUCAACCUGAGCAGUCAGAAAUGUAUCCAGGAGCCCAUCAGCAGCAGCAGCAGCAGCAGCAGCAGCCUGGUCCCCCACCUCCUCAAAUGGGCCACAUGACACCACACAUGACACCACACAUGCCCCCACACAUGACCCCACACAUGCCCCCUCCUCAAGUGCCGCAUUCACCCAUACGGAUGCUCCCUCCAACACUCCAGAUGCCUCCACAUAUGUCCCCGCAUAUGCCCCCUUCUCCUGCGCACAUGCCACAUGCAGAGCAGCUGCCCCAUUCCCCAGGAGAGAUGCACAUGAGCCCACCAAUGUCAUCCUCUCCUCCCAGGAGCUCCCUCACACCUCAGGAUGACUUCUAUGACCAAAUGGCUCACAUGGGUCCUGGAAGGAGAUCAAGGACUACUUCACAAUCUUCAAUGCAUAUGGGUCCAGGACGGCGCUCCCGCAACAACUCUGUAUCCUCCACUCACUCUGGAGGACGAGAGCGAAGCAACUCAGUCAAGCAGGCCUCUCCACCUCCACCCUCGAUCCCCGAACAGCCCCGCAAAGAGGAAGUGAAACAAGCCAGGAAGGACUCCCCUAAAAAGAGUGGUCUCGGUGGAUUGAUCAGGUGGAUCUAUGGGAAGGGGAAGAACGAGGCUCACUUACCAGAUGACAAAAACAAAUCUAUUGUUUGGGAUGAGCAGAAGCAGAAAUGGGUGGACUUAAACGCGCCUGAAGAGGAGUAUAAACCUCCUCCACCACCUCCGUCUGGCUUCCCCAUGAUGAGGCCUCCGAUGCCUGGCGGCCCGCCUGGAGGGCCUGGUGGACCCCCAGGUGGUGGUCCUCCUGUUAACAUGUUUUCCAGGAAAGCAGGCGCAAGGAGCAGAUAUGUCGAUGUUCUGAACCCCAGUAACACCACAAAAGCGGGCGGGUUAGCGCCUGCUCCUGCAGACAUCUUUGCUCCUUUGGCUCCGAUGCCCAUGCCUGCUAACCUAUUUGUGCCUAGUUCAGCUCCAGACGAUCAGCAACCUUUAGAGGGCAGUGAAGGAGGACACCAGGAGCAGAAUUCACCAAACACCAGCACUGCUCCACAGAUGUUCAACCCCACGUUGUUACCGCCUGCUCCAGAAGGUCCUCCUGUGCCUGAUGGCUCACAGUCUGGAGAGCUCUCACGUUCUAGCUCAAUGAGUUCUUUAUCACGUGAAGUGAGUCAGCAUUUAAACCAGAAUCAUCCUGCCCAGGCAGCACCACCCGCCGGCGGCAUCACGUUUUAUAACCCUGCACAGUUUGCACAGACAAGUGCACCAUCAGGAGGUGGACACCGCUCCGGUCGAUUGGGCGGCCAACGCCAGUACCCAGUGUUGAAGUAAACACCUUCUUGCAGAGAGAUUGUGUAAACAGACUUGUUGAAUUGAGUGAUAUCCUACCUGGAAGUAAAUGAAGCACAUGGACAUACUGCUCUCUGUCUAAAGGACCUUUUCUUUUUCUGCCUGCACCCAAUGAGAACACAAUCACAAGUUUCCACCAUGUUGAUUUGUCCAAGAGCUUAACCACUCUUUCAUCUUUUUGUUUUGGUUCAAAAAUCGUCGGUGGUGAUUUUUCUUUUCUUUCUUUCUUUUUUUUUAACAGGCACAGAUUUUUCUUGAAGGGCUUUCUCCUGAAUCCAAACAGAAACACAGUGAUAUGAAUUCAAUGAAUAUUUAAAGGUUUAUCCCAGAUGCAUUAUGUACAUUUAUGACCGCAUGAUAUGAUGCGACUCCAAGCUGAUCACAGCAGAAGUAAAAGUUUUAUCACAGUGAUCACAGGUCCUCUCUUAGGUUCAUCUGUCUUAAAGUCCAAAUGUCCAUGUUUGAUUGACUGACUGUGUGCGUGAUGGUUAGUGGAAAGGGCGUCUUUUUAUUUUCGUUUGCAGCUCCUCAGUGUUCUUUCGUGGACUGGAGAUAGCUUUUCGUGUGAGCGUGAAAUCAUGUCAAUGUGCAUCGUCUGCUGUGUUUAUUUCGCUUCUCCUCGGUCGCCCUCCAGUAAAAGGGAGGUGUGUUGAACGACACGUGAAAGAGACUCGUUCACGUCACCGCCCUGACAGGUUGGAGAAAGUCUGCGGCAUCAGGAAGCUGCUUGUUUCAGAUACUCGAUUUAAUGCCCUCCCUGACCAUCAUUAACUCGACUGCAAAUACAUGUUAGGGUCUUUUGUCUGAGUUAAGCUUCAGUCUCUCCACCGAGAAAUGUGACGGUAUCAGUGUGAUGAGGAGUGGUCGUAAGAAAGGCAGGAAUUGGGAUUUAACUGCAUUUGAAAUGUUGCUUAAAAUAAAUCUAUCCAAAUAUUUGUA